AUGACCAGUCCUAACAACAUCACCUCUUCCCUAGACACAGCUCACCUCCUCUCACUUCUCACUACACAACUACGCUCUUUCACACCCCCCUCCAACAAAAAUAAUAAUAACGACACAACCAACUUAAUCCAUCGACCCAACGCUACCAACUUAACCACCUUCCCCGACCCCGCCCACUUGCAGAUCAAAAACCUACUGCUCACCCUCCACUGCCUAUUUCCCAACGAACUCCUUCUCGCCCUCGACAUUCUGGAUCGAAGACUAAUACGACGAUACCAGCAAUCCCGGAAAGACCCUGAAACAGACGAGCACAAUGGAAUAGAAGGGAGUAACGAGGUAUUCUUCGUUCAGUCAAAAAUCUCAUCAACCUCUUCUAAUACAACGAGGAUGUACGAAGUUCGCCUUGAUGCGUGGAAUUGCUCGUGUUCUGCGUUUGCAUUGAGUUGGGUUCAGAACCUAUCCUUUUCUGAUAUUGAUGCGGCCCAUGAUAUAGAGGACGGUGCUGGACUGGAGGUGGAUGGAAGCGGGCGGUUUGAUGGGAAGUUGGUUCGAAGGGAUGCCAAGGGAGCGCCGCCUGUGUGCAAGCAUCUUCUAGCCUGUGUUUUAGGGACUGAGUGUCCUAAUCUGUUUGGCGGUGGGAUUGACACGAGUCAAGUUGGCGAUGGGAAUGGGUUGGCGGGUAUGUGUGCUGGGUAUGCGUCGUGA